CCACAGCACCGCCCCAGCCCCGCCCCGAGGACGACCCGGCGGUUGGGGCGGGCCGCAGCCGUCCCUUCCCGGGCGCGCGCGCCAUGACAAUCACCUACAGCUGUGUCGCUAACGGCCGCGCGGUCCUCGCCGAGCUGGCCCUGACCGGCGGCUCCUAUCAGGAAGCAGUGGCGACCGUGCUUAAACUAGUGCUUCUUAGAGCAGAGCCAAAGACCAUAAUGCAGAUGGGAAGCUUUGUCUACCAUACUCUCUUUAUUGAUGGAAUCACUUACCUAUGUGCUACAGACAAUGCCUUGGAUACCAUAACGCCAUCUGCAUUUCUUAAAAACGUUAGUGAAACUUUUCUGAGAAAUCCUUUGAUGUCGCAAGAACAUUUUUCUCCUUCAAAUGCAGUUGCUGCAGAUUUUCAACAAGUAUUAGGAAAGUAUAUGAUGAAAUACAAUAAAAAUCAAGACGAUACCCCGAUAUCUACACUGAGGAGUCAAGUAACUGAUGUAAAAAAUAUUAUGUCCCAAAAUAUUGAUGAAAUUUUGGAAAGCGAAAACAGAUUGAGUAUCUUCACUGAUAGAACCGAUGAUCUCCAGACAACUGCCAAAGAAUCCCCAAAAACGAGAAAGGCUCUUAGGAGGAUGUGGCGGAAACACUUCAGAAAGGUCAUAAUCAUCACUGUGGCCAUCCUCCUCUCCAUCAUCAUCAUUCUUCUAAGUACGAAUGUGAUACCAGCCUGACCCCUAUCCUCCCCAUGCCCAGCAAUUACCAAUAAAUGGUUACGUGUAAACAGAGGAGUCCACAACCAGCGAUUACAAAAGUAUCCUCUGGUGCAGGAAGACUGCAGGAAGUGGGGCUUGGAUGUCCUUCCUCGUGCCUCGGUGGGCCUCGUCCCUGCUGCAGUCCCAUUUGUUGUUCCCACUUCCAGCUAUUUCCCAGCCUCUCGUCCCUUAGUCAAGACGAGGAGCACAAACCGUGGAAUCACAUCACUGAAGCUUAACCCUCCACUCAGCCACAUACCAGCUGGGUGACUCUGGACCAGUUAUUUAACCUGUACCCUUGUCUCCUCAUCUGUAAAAUGGAGCUGAUAGCAAUGCCGCAUAGCAUAAUAUCUACCACAUAGCACUAUCUGAGUGUUAACUAUUACUUCCUAGGGAAAAAAAUGAUUGCGUUUGUGGCAUUAAAUCUCUAUUAUCUUACUCCUUAGGAAAAAAAUGACUGUGAACUUCUAAUUUCCUUAGAAAUAGGAGUCUUAACACGAGUAUACAGUCCAGAAACAGACAUUCACCUCUUCUACAUAUUCUUUCAUUUGAAAUGACAGCUCAACCCACUGUUUUAUACUAGACAUUUCCUUGGAUAAAAAUUUUUAAAUUACAAAGCUGUAUUAUUUCCCUAAUAAGUCACAAGUCCUAUUUUACCACCCUAACAACCUUUUUUUCCCCCACAUGAUACACUUCAUCCAAUAACCUCAAAUCACUAAGAUUUCUAACAACCAAAGCAUCCAACUUCACUUUGCGGUUGUUAACACUUCAUGAGUUGUAUCUCCUAAGUAGGAACUUGAAGUCUAAAGUCGGUUUUAAAAAUCACUCGUUGGGGGGGCACCUGGGUAUCU